AUUUGGGAAAUGUUACAAUUUGAAAUUUACAUUGACGUUUUGACUUCAGACCAUUGAAUUAUAUAUAUACAAUAAUAUAUUUAAUUGUAUGUUUAUAAUUCAAUGCUUCAGACACUUCAGAGCAAAUCAUGGCAGUCCAAGGAGAUGGAAGUACAAUGAAUUUUGUUCAAACUCUUCAAAACAAAUCUUUUAAGUGUUUUCAGAAACUUGAAGAAUUAUCAAGCUACCCCUGCUCAGAGAAUGAAUUACAAGAUGAACUGGAAGAAUUGCAAAAAUGCGUUAAACAGUUGCACAAAAGUUUGGAAGUAUCAGGUUUGUCAGCAUUACCUUGGGAUCAAGAUUUUAUGCAGGAUUCUCAAGCCAUCGUAAAAAAAGCACGAGAUGAUACAGAAUACAAUCGAAGUAAUUUAUUACGUAUCCAAUCUAACUGUAGGACCUUAGUUCAAGCUAUGAUGAAAAAAUAGUCCUGUUUCCUACCUUAAUUGUCUACAAAAAUAGAAAAUUUCUGUCAGUGAAAACAUAUAGUGUAUGGUAGGUGUUGUGGUCAAAGUUGGUUGCAAGAAAGUUUUGUUUCAGCAGCAUAAGUUGUUUCAAAUAUUAUUGAAAUGUACAUAAAAUAAUCAUAAAUUCAAUGAUAGUUUAGGUGUCAAACUUUUGGAAAAGAUGACUUUAACAAAUAAUAGAUGCACGUAACCUUCUUUGAUGAAUAUUUUAUGAUAAAUGUCAGUAUGUUCUUUGCUAAAUGUUCAAAGAUAAAUGUGAGAGAAGUUCUUUGAUGAAUGUUCAACCUGUAUACCUCAACAUGUUAUAUUAUACAAUUGUUACAUUCGCUUUCUAAACAGCCACAAAAAAUCAUAGAUAUAAUUAAGACAGUCGGUAAUAGAAGCGCAAAAUGUACAAUAAUCUAACGAAAUAUAAUUUGAGUGAUAAAGAA